GGCCGCCGUGAGGUAACAUCGCUCGUCUGCUCUUGGACGAUACAGUGCGGCGGUGCUAGUGGGACGGAGCCACCAGAUAUGUGGUCCUUGACUGUGUUGCUCGUCAGUUUCGUUACACAAUGUGUCGUGCCGUCAGUAAAUGCUGGCUACACGUUUGAGAUGCUCCUCAUUGGCUACCAGAACCCCUCCCACAGAUCCUCUCGCGGGGGACUCUGCGAGCGUCGUGAUGACAGUGAUCCUUGUGACAACGCUUUCAAAAUCUGCUUCCGUCAUCGAGACUCCCCGGAGAGCUCUAGCUGCGACAUCGGGAAAUUUCAAACAGAGAAAAUAGUCGAUGACAAUGACAAUCUAGUGUUCAUGGAAGGAGAGAGUAUUGGUGGUGUUCAUAACCCCAUCACAGUG